AUGACAGACUUUCCUAAUAUUAAAUUAAAUCUUCCGCAUAAUAGAUUUAAGAAUUCUCUUACACAAAUUAGUGACUUUUUUAGUGAAUUUGGUCCUCUAUCGCCAGCAGUUCAGCAUGAUAGGCCUGAAAGAUCCUUACACAUGCGAUUAUAUUCGCUCAAUAAGAGAUCGUUCUUUCUCGUGAUAAUGGCAUUCUUUGUAUGCUUCCUUUUAGCAGUUUUCAUUGGAAUUGCUGGUCCCGAAAUAACUCUAGUCAAAGAAAUCGAUGCAAUGAAGUUAUCUGAUUCGAAUAUAACACAAGAUAAUUUCCUUACACAUGGGCCUUUUAAGGUUCAAUCAGGAUAUCUUAGUACUUAUGCUAGACAACUUUGGCUCUUUUCAAAAUACCAAAUAGAAAAUACAGAAAAUGAAAUAUUUGACACAUCAUUUUUGGUGAGCGUUCAACUAAAAGGUUUAAAUAAUUUAAAGUUUAAGAACAUUAAUAAGUAUCAGCUUAGAAAUCGCACACGACAUUUAAAGUGCAAAGGAAAUAUUUGCGAAGAUUUUACUGUAGUUCAUUUGGGAUGGCUGGAUUAUUCGCAUUAUCAAUUUUUAAUCAAUUUUUAUGGAUUAAACAGUAAUCGAUACAGCAUAACAAAAUUAACGUUUUAUAUUAAGACAUUCAAUCCAGCAUUUACGUCAUUGGAAAUAAGCUUUAGAUUAAUAUUUUUGUUCUUUGCAUUCAUUGUGACAAUUUGGUAUUAUACACUGUUGAGGAAGCAUCCGUCAACGAAUUGGUCUAUUGAACAGAAAUUUACAUACUAUCUCCUACCUUUAUUAAUAUUAUAUGAUAAUCCAUUAUUCCCGUUAAUGUUUUUGGUUGAUUCGUGGUUUGUUGGCAUGCUCGAUGCAUUAUUUCAAUCGACAUUUCUCUGUACACUGUUAUUAUUUUGGAUCUCAAUUUAUCAUGCACUCAGACAGAAUGAAAGGAAGUUCUUGACAUUCUACUUUCCUAAAUUAUUAAUUCUCUUUCCAAUAUGGUUAUGUGCUGUUGUCCUUGCUAUUUGGGAGAAACUUGAUGAAUUGAGAGAUCCGACUUGGAUUCAUUUUUAUGAUGGAAAUUAUUCUGGAUUUAUAACGAGUUUUUAUGUGUCAAUAAUACUUUAUGCAAUGUACUUAAUAUUUUUGAUGUUUAGUGCAUACAGCGAUUUACGGUCAAUGCACUAUUUUGAUAUGAGACUUAAAUUCCUAUCUUUAUUGAUGAUAUUUGUCAUAUCCAUUACUGUUAUUUCAACGAUGUCGAGAUUCGGUUUUGGAAUCGUCGAGGACAACUUUGUUGGGCAGCUAGCAACGAAUUAUAAAAGCUCUGCUCAUUUUAUGUGUUUUUAUGGCAUGCUGAAUUUUUAUGUCAUUACCAUAACUUACGUUUAUAGUCCGAUUUUAACAUCAAGUGAACCUGUUCGGAAAGAUAAUCCGGCGUUCUCAAUGAUAAACGAUUCCGAUGAAGAAGUAGUCUAUGCUUCAGAGGAAGAUUCCAGAAGACCUUUAAAUGGAAAGGCCAACGAAUAUGAUAGCGAUUAA